AUGGAUCAACUGCGUUACGACGGUCGCGUUGCGGUGGUAACCGGAGCCGGUGGUGGCCUAGGCAAGGCUUACGCUCUUCUCCUUGGCUCUAGAGGUGCUAAAGUGGUGGUAAACGAUCUUGGAGGAGCAAGAGAUGGUGUUGGAAAAUCAAACUUUGCGGACGCAGUUGUAAAGGAAAUUAAGGACAAAGGCGGAGAGGCAGUCGCUGACUAUAACUCAGUAGUAGAGGGCGAGAAAAUAAUUAAGACAGCUCUCGAUAACUUUGGGCGUGUUGACAUACUUAUCAACAAUGCAGGUAUUCUCCGUGAUAGAAGUUUCCAGAAGAUGGCCGACCAGGAUUGGGAUUUGGUCCAGGCCGUUCAUCUAAAAGGCGCAUUUAAGACUACUCAAGCCGCAUGGGAAACAUUCAAAAAACAAAAAUAUGGUCGUAUCAUAAUGACUUCAAGUAAUGCCGGCCUCCUUGGCAACUUUGGUCAAGCUAACUACAGUUCUGCAAAAAUGGGUCUAAUAGGUCUAGCGAAUACAUUAGCAAUAGAAGGAGCGAAAUAUAACAUCAAAGUGAACACCAUAGUGCCGACGGCAGCGUCGCGCCUCACCGAGGACAUCCUGCCCCCGGACAUGUUCGAGGCUAUGAAGCCUGAACUGAUUGCUCCAGUCGUUGCGUACAUGGCUCACGAGUCUUUCGAAGCGAGCGGCGAGAUCAUCGACUCUACCCUCGGCUUCGCGUCGAAGGCACAACUCGUGAGGUCUACUGGCGCUCCUUUAAGAAAUAAGCCAUCAGACCCAGUGACAAUAGAGUCAGUCAAGCAACAUUGGCAGGAUGCUGUGAAUAUGAACAACGCUAAACAUGUCGAUAAAAUCACCGAAGUCACUAUCGACUUGGUUCAAAAGCUACAAGAUUUCGAAGAGCGCAGCAAGUUAGACAGGGAACAUCCUUCAUACUGGGGCUCGUAUAAAUAUAACUCUAAAGAUCUAGUCUGCUAUGCACUUGGAAUCGGAGCGUCAGUGGUGAACGAGUCGGAUCUGAAGUUCCUGUACGAGAGCCACGAGAGCUUCACUGCCCUGCCCACGUUCUUCAUCCUGGCCGGCAUGAUGUUGGAGUCGCCCAUCGUGGCGCAGUCCAUGCCGCCCGGCAAGUUCGCUGACUUCACUAAUAUUCUUCACGGAGAGCAAUAUAUAGAGUUCCUGAAGGAAUUUCCCGGAACCGAGGGAGAGUUCAAAGUACGCAAUUAUGUAGUGGAUGUGCUCGACAAGGGCUCGAGCGCUGUUGCUAUUGUCAAUAGUGAAAUAUACCAGAACAGAGAGGUGAUAGUGCGCACGCAGCAGCACAUCUUCGUGCUCGGGCAGGGGGGCUUCAAAGGCCCCCGCAACAGCUCGGCGGCGGUGGGCGUGCAGGCCGCGCCCGCGCGCGCGCCCGACGCCGUCGUGGAGCAGCGCACGGCGGAGGACCAGGCCGCCCUCUACAGAUUGUCAGGAGACCUGAAUCCACUCCACAUUGACCCCAACGUGGCCACAGUGAGUGGUCACCCCAAACCGAUCCUACACGGCCUCGCGUCUCUGGGCUUCUCUGUAAGACAUGUACUCUCUAAAUACGGAGGCAAUGAGCCCUCUAACGUGAAGGCAAUAAAGGCGAGAUUCGCGAAGCCGGUGCUGCCGGGACACACGCUGUGCACCGAGAUGUGGGCGGAGGGCGCGCGCGUGCACUUCCAGACGCGCCUCAAGGAGACCGGCAAUGUUGUCAUCGCAGGAGCCUAUGUCGACUUAAAGAAUGUAGUCAAAGAUGGCGUCCCAUCCGCUCCUUCCAAGUCUGGGCAAUCAUCGGCCACAUUAAAGAGUGACUCGUUGUUCGCGAAAAUUGAAGAAGGCAUCAAAGCAAAUCCGGACAAAGCCAAGAGUGUUGGGGCCGUGUAUUUAUAUAACAUUACUGAGAAUGGAAAAACAAUCAAACAAUGGACUUUAGAUUUGAAGUCAGGAUUGACUGUGUACCAAGGAGAGCCGAAAACGGGAAAAGCCGACACUACAAUGACGGUAUCAGAUGAUGACCUCAUAGAGAUAGCAGCCGGCACUCUCAGCCCUCAAGUAGCAUAUUUGAAGGGGAAAAUAAAGAUAUCUGGCAACAUCAUGCUCGCUCAGAAAUUAGGACCUUUGCUCAAGAGCGGAGCUAAAUUA